UCAAAUCGUCAUCUUCCAAAGUUCACAGUUUCCAGUUUCUCACUUCGAUACAGUAGCGCGAAAACCCAUACCUAGCAGAAGCUGCUACCAUGGAAGGUUCCCUCGACGCUUCUCUGGAGCUUCACGAGAUUCGAAGCCGCGUGAAAGAGCUGGAGGUUCUCCACAGAGUUUGCGAGGACGAGCCAGAAGAAUCUUCUCUGUCGAAUUCCAACAUCAUGGUCCAAGAUUUUGCUUUUCAGCUCGAGACGAAAGUGAAGCAGAUUGUUGACGAGUACUCUGAUGUUGAUUUAUUGGGUAUCGAAGAUUCAGAUGAUUACUUGGAGUAUUUGAGAAAAGAGCUUCACUCCGUGGAGGCUGAAAGUGCCAAGGUUUCAGAAGAAAUUGAGCGUCUUUCAAGGACUCAUGUCGAAGACUCUAAUGUACUGGAAAGAGAUCUUGAAGGUCUUUUGUUGUCACUGGAUUCCAUAUCAUAUCAGGAUCUGGAGAAAGUCAAAGAGAAUCCACCAGCCAGUUGUUCGACCAACAAAAGGGAUAUAUCGAAUUCAAUUGAUGAAAAUUUUAAGAGUUUGGAUCUUGAAGACCAGAUUCAGGAGAAGAGAAUGAUUCUCAAGUCCUUGGAGGAUCUGGAUUUAGUGAGUAAAAGGUUUGAUGCUGUAGAACAGGUUGAGGAUGCAUUGACUGGUUUGAAGGUCCUUGAGUUUGAUGGGAACUCCAUUAGGCUCCAGUUGCAGACAUACAUUCCAAAAUUAGAUGGCUUGUUUGGCCAACACAAAAUCGAUGACACCACCGAGCCAUCUGAAUCGAUCCAUGAAUUGCUUAUCGAAAUUAAGGAUGAAACUCUGGAGAUAAAAAAAGUUGAGAUGUUUCCAAAUGAUGUAUACAUAGGGGACAUCAUUGAGGCCACUCAUUCUUUCAGGCAGGUAUCUCUACACCCUGCAGUGCUACAAACACGAUCUCCAUUGCAGUGGUUUGUUGGCAAAGUGCAAGAGAGGAUAAUAUUGAGCACUCUAAGAAAAUAUAUGGUGAAAAGUUCGAAUAAAUCCAGGCACACAUUUGAAUACUAUGACAAGGAAGAAACAAUUGUGGCUCAUAUGGUUGGAGGCGUUGAUGCAUUCUUAAAGGUCUCUACUAGUUGGCCUCUACUGAAUACUCCAUUGAAACUGGUAUCUAUCAAGAACUCUUUCUCUGGCUCAGAGAGGAUCUCCUCAAACAUUAUCUGCAAGAUUGAGGAAAUGGCGAAUUCCUUGGACCCACAGACUCAGGAAAGCUUGACAAGUUUCGUGGAAGCGAUUGAGAAAAUACUUGUGGAGCAAACACAGUAAGAGCUAAGAACUCGGUCUCAAUGACUGCCUUCGUCGAUGCCAUAAAUAUAUAUGCCUCCUGUGGAUUUUGCCUGGUUUAGUUUCCUGUUUUUGGUUCAUUAGCCAACAAAAGAAAAAAGAUCAUCCAGAAACUAAGUGUAAGAUUAGAGGAAUAAGAACAGGAAAACAUCCAUGUUUUCCCCUUGCGUUUAGAAUGCUCUUUGUGGUCCCAAAGUAUGAAGUACUGUUUUUGUAAGCCUGUCCUUGGAACGACCGGAUAUGUUCGCUCAUAAUCUCAUCAAGCAAACAUUUGUA